CUGCAUUAUCUCGAGGGGCUGCUGAAACUCACUGGCAUCGUUUGCCCCGGGUUUCCCCUGUUCCACCAUGGCUCGGGAGAAUGGAGAGUCCGGGAAAGGGACGUGGAAAAAGCAAGUCGACGACAUCAAGAAAAUAUUUGAAUUGAAAGAGAUCCUCGGAACCGGGGCGUUCUCUGAGGUGGUGUUGGCCCAGGAGAGGUCUACGGGGAAGAUGUUUGCUGUGAAGUGUAUCCCCAAGAAGGCCCUGAAGGGGAAAGAGAGCAGCAUCGAGAACGAGAUCACCGUGCUCCGCAAAAUCAAGCAUGAGAACAUAGUGGCUUUGGAGGACAUCUAUGAGAGUUCCAACCACCUCUACCUGAUCAUGCAGCUAGUCUCGGGAGGUGAGUUGUUUGACCGUAUCGUGGAGAAGGGGUUCUACACAGAGAAAGAUGCCAGUACUCUCAUCAAACAGGUGCUAGACGCUGUCGACUACCUCCACAAGUUGGGCAUCGUCCACAGAGACCUGAAGCCAGAGAACCUGCUGUAUUUUAACCCCCAGGACGAGUCUAAGAUCAUGAUCAGUGACUUUGGUCUGUCCAAGAUGGAGGGCAGCGGGGAUGUCAUGUCGACCGCGUGUGGCACGCCGGGAUACGUGGCUCCAGAGGUUCUUGCUCAGAAGCCCUACAGUAAGGCAGUGGACUGCUGGUCCAUCGGAGUCAUUGCAUACAUCCUGUUGUGUGGCUAUCCUCCAUUCUACGAUGAGAACGACUCCAAGCUCUUUGAGCAGAUCCUCAAAGCAGACUACGAGUUUGACGCACCAUACUGGGACGACAUAUCUGAUUCAGCCAAAGACUUUAUCGGUAGUCUGAUGGAGAAAGACCCGGCGAAGCGCUUCACCUGUGACCAGGCUCUCAGACACCCAUGGAUCGCUGGGGACACGGCCCUCUGCAAGAACAUCCAUGAGUCUGUGAGCAGGCAGAUCAGGAAAAACUUUGCCAAGAGCAAAUGGAGGCAAGCCUUCAAUGCCACUGCAGUGGUGCGACACAUGAGGAGACUGCAGUUGAGCAGCAGUAUGGGCCAGAGCAUGGACAGCUCUCACCCUCACCCUCCUAACAGCCGGGCCGCACAGAUGCAGAACCAACGGAACCAGGCCAACCAGAACCAGGCCAACCAGACUCCCAACCAGACCCCUAGCCAGAGCUCUACUCAACCCUCUCCGAGUCCAAGCCAGACUCGGAGCCAGAGCCAGAACCCUAAUGCAGCCAUUAUGAAGAGCUUUUCUGUGGACUCACCUCACAAGGACUGUGCCCCAGCCACUCCCACCCCCUGCAGCCUGGCGUCUGCAGCCUCCUCUGUCCCCUCUGGGGGGGCAGAGCUCGCCCGGCCCCACCCCUCCACUGUUGCCACGGUACUAACAGAGACUAAGUGACGCCAGGUCCCGCGGGGGACCAGCUGGGAGGCUACGGCGCUGUGAGAGAGAGAGGGGCGAAAACCGCACCCUCCCCUUCCUUACCGUGCCCCUACUACCCCCACCCAGCCUGCCCCCCGCCCUGCCCCUCCCCCACGCUGCAUCUGGGAGGACUGGGAGAGCAGAGGACUCUAAACCCAUUGCACCAAUCACAACACGCCAUACUCACCUUGGACACGCCCAUUGUGUCGACUCUGUGGAACCACACCCACUCCAAGAGCAUUAUUAAUUGGUUUACCUUUUGAGUGUUUGUUUCUGUCCGAGACCAUGAUGAGUGAAGUGGGUGUGUUUUCAGAAGCUGCCGUCGGAUUGGGCGUUGUCUACGUCAGUAAAACUCAAUUUCCCUCUAGUCUUUCCCACAUCUUCUAGAUGGUCCAACUUGUGAGUUUUUAAAUUCUGUUUAUUUUUCUUGAAUUCAUCCUCUGGGUUAACAGUUACCAACUGGAUUAUUUUUCAUUUGUAUUUUCUUGCGCUUUUUUCCCCAUGUUUAUGUUCGCGCCCGUGUUUAAGACGUGCUUUAAAAGUACCAUAAGACUGUUGAGUGAUGUUUCAUGAGUAAGCGCUUUAUCUAUUUGCACAUGAGGUUUGGAUGCGGUUUCAGACGUAGAUAAUGUGUGUACAGCUACCAAGUUAGACUCUUCAUCUACGUGAAUUUCAUCAGACAGAGAAUAGAGAUUGUAAACAGUUUUAAAAUACCCAAAAUGGGGUCAGAGCAUUGUGCAACUUAUUUGUUAAGGUAAACAUGCACUAUGUUUAAUUAUUGUCUUACUUUAUAAGACUUUUAUAACGAUCACCCUAUAUGGGACGCAUAUACAGUAUAUUAUGAAACACACUGCAGGUUUAGGAUCGAGUUGGAGAGUGCUGGACAGGGAUGCCCCCAGUUAAAGUUUUAACCAUCACAUGUUAGUUACCUGUGGGGUUUCCCAUCCUAAAGAUCAGGGGCUACAGGUGGGAAACCAGGCACUUCCAAAUGGGCCUCAGAAAAAGCCCAUGAAAAAGAGCAGCCAUCUCUGUAGUGUAGUGUAGUGUAAGCAUGGGAAACCCUGACCUAGUGUAUCAGUUUCCCAGGAUCCAAGACAGUGGAGCUGUUGUCUCUACCCCCAUCCCUUUUACAAAGCCAUGACCUCACCACAAGAGCCAUCAUCAUGAUGACAUCAUCAACCGGCACCCAGUACACAAGUUCUCAGGGAUUUGGCCUGGGCGCCGUGGUGACCCUUGUUGCUGUAGAAAACGGUCGCGAGCAUAGAUUUGUCUACACAGUUAGAUGCAAGUCCAACAAUCCCUUUAUGUCAUUGUAAUGUCUAGCCAAAGCACUGUUGAAACAGAGAAUAUGUGGACACACUGAUUAUACCUGAUUAAACACUGAUGGUUAGCUAUGAGCUAGACCUAUAACCCUGGCCGAUCCCCACUGAGAAAUGGAUUGUUUUGAAACGAAGGGCUGAACUCUGAAAAUCUGGAGAAAGAUGACAAGAUGUUUUCUAUUUUUCUCCCCCUUGCCUUCUCCUUUCCUCUCUGUCCCACCCCUCCCUCCCUCUUUUUCUUUCUAGUUUCUUUAAGACCAGUUCACUGUAUUCUGUAGAAGUUUCACCCAACACUGGGACUGUUACGCUCACGACACCAGGGUCCCCUAACCAGACUAUGGCCAGACACAGCCCUGCAAAUAGCCUACAUAUAGAGGUCAAAGUGCAGUAUUAUUACCUGGCUUCGUGGUGCUGGGUCAACCAUUAAGUGUGAUGUCAUC